ACCCAAACAAACCAGAUAAAAGAGAAACCAAAGAACUCACUAAGUAGCGUCCAAACAGAGCCUUUCACCCAAGCGGAAGCUUAAGAUACAGAUAUGACUAUAUGAGAUAACCUUCCGUACCUUUAUAUACUCAGUAAUACACUCGAGUGUACUCUAUAACAACCCACCCUUUAAAGUCUCUUCAGAUAUCUAUUACCAAAUGUACUCUAAAGAUACGUUUCAGACAUCAACAGAAGAAGAAACCCAAGUGCAUGUCAACGUUUGGAGAGACAGAGAAAGUGAAAGAGAGAGUAGUGUUAUGUGUAUAACAGUUCAUACAGUUGCAGAAAUGUCAGUCGGCUUCGAUUGGCACGAGAAAGAGUGUUAGCUAAAGCGUGUAAUUAUGAACUAUAGCCCUGUGAAAAAAUUAAAUAAACACUAGGACUUCGUACAGUAAUUGGUCAUUCUUUUCAAAAAUUGCAGAAAAAGCCAAGCUUGUGUAACCGUUACCUCCCACGCGUCCAACCCUCUUCUUUAAUUUUUAUUUUUUAUUUUUGCUUAGGUCAUACAUUUUUUUUUCUUGGCCUUAACAUAGACUUUUCAACCUUGCUCUCUCCGGCCACCGUGAAAAAUGUCGCCGGUGGCGAGAACAAAGAGCUCGAAUGUGGUGGAGGGUAAGAAUUAUCCUGCUCCACUUGCUUCCCAUGAAGAUGUUGUCAAUGACCCUACUGUCUUCUGGGACACUCUCAGGCGCUUCCAUUUUAUGAUGACAACCAAAUUUAUGAUUCCUGUGAUUGGUGGGAAGGAGCUAGAUUUGCAUAUUCUUUAUGUAGAGGUUACAAAGAGGGGUGGCUAUGAGAAGGUUGUUGCGGAGAAGAAAUGGAGAGAAGUGGGUAAUAUUUUCAGGUUCUCUGCAACAACAACAAGCGCUUCUUUUGUAUUGAGGAAACACUACUUUAGUCUUCUUUACCAUUAUGAACAAGUUUACUUCUUUAAGCUACAAGGUCCAGUGUUUACUCCAACAGUUUCUUUUCCUGCUAGCAACCCUUCGUGGAGACCUGAAUUGGCUCUAGUAGAAUAUUCCCCCAAAAAAACUAAUGAUCAUCCAGAAGGUCCAGAACCACUUAAUGAAGGCACUUCAUGCUUCUCAGCUAUUGGAACAAUUGAAGGGAAAUGCGAUUGUGGUUACUUGGUGUCUGUGAAAUUGGGCUCUGAGAUUCUUAAAGGAGUACUUUAUCAUCCGGAGCAGCCAGAUUCUUCUACCUCAAUUCCAGACUCUAACAGUGCCAUUGUACCAUACACCUCCAAACGUCACCAUUCUGGUCAGAGGAGGAGAAGAAGUAGAAGAAGGGGAGACCCCAAUUAUCCAAAACCCAAUAGGAGUGGCUAUAACUUUUUCUUUGCCGAGAAGCAUUACAAGCUCAAGUCUUUGUACCCAAACAGAGAAAGGGAGUUCACAAAGAUGAUUGGCGAGUCAUGGAGCAACCUCAGCGCUGAAGAAAGGAUGGUUUACCAGCACAUUGGGUUGAAAGACAAAGAACGAUAUAAGAGAGAAUUGAAAGAGUACAAAGAGAAAAUGAUCAGUCAGACCAUGGAACUUGGAAGUUGAGACAGCUGACUAUUAUAAGGGAUCAAGAAUUGUGGAAAGGCAGCAAAAGCAAAAGAAUUUUAACUCAACUUUUUAAGUUGUACCAUAUUUACAUACAUAUGUGGUAGAUUGUUAGGCAAUUGCAAUUCUUGCAUUGCAUGCAUAUUGAUGUUUUGACAGGUGUUCUAAUUCUUACUAUUUUAGCUUUGAUACUAAGCGGCUGAUUACUAUUAAGCUCCUCACUCACUCUAGUAGUUUUUGAGGGGAAAGGUUUAUAGAAAAUGAAUCAUAGUCUAGACUCUAGAAAACAGACUUGUUUUCCUUAAAGUGAGUACAUUUUCUGUUAUUUGGUUUGCAAGAACUCGACCAAGUAAAUGCCCUUAAGUUGUUUCA